UGUAGUAUGUCGGUAUUGUAAUUGAGUGAAUGGUGGUACACUGCAAUGGUACUUUCAGUACAUUGCAAUGAAAUCAUAAUCUUUUGUAAUCGAUUUAAUAGAUUUAUAAAAUUAGUUAAAAACAAAUAUUUUUAUACAAUUCAAUAAUAUUAUUUUGAUUUCAAUUAGUAUUUAAUUGUUUAUUGUAAAAAAUCAAAUAAAUAAAUAAUGGAGCUACGUCAAACUGGUUCCUUGUAUGACGAAUAGAGUGAAGACCUGCCUGCUGUUAUCUCUUGUCUCUGACUUAAACAUGGCGUCUUUGGGUGAAAAUUAAUUCAGUGUAAUUCUGAAAAAAAAUUUUAUGCUAAUUUUAUUGUGACUAAUAUUUAUGUUAUUAAUAUAAAAUGGAAUUGCGAGUUGGUAACAAGUACCGUUUGGGACGAAAAAUUGGCUCAGGUUCAUUUGGUGAUAUAUAUUUAGGUACUAAUAUAACAACGGGCGAGGAAGUUGCUAUCAAAUUAGAAUGCAUCAAAACUCGACAUCCACAAUUACACAUAGAAUCCAAGUUUUACAAAAUGAUGCAAGGAGGAGUUGGUAUUCCAAAUAUAAAAUGGUGUGGCUCCGAAGGUGACUACAAUGUAAUGGUGAUGGAGUUACUAGGACCUUCAUUAGAAGAUCUAUUUAAUUUUUGUUCACGACGUUUUUCAUUAAAGACUGUCUUGCUAUUGGCUGAUCAAUUGAUUAGCCGUGUAGAUUAUAUACAUUCUAGGAAUUUUAUACAUAGGGAUAUAAAACCAGAUAAUUUUUUAAUGGGGUUGGGUAAAAAAGGGAAUCUUGUCUAUAUUAUUGAUUUUGGUUUAGCAAAACGAUAUCGUGACAACCGAACACAAUCACAUAUACCAUACAGAGAAAAUAAGAACUUAACUGGUACAGCACGAUAUGCAAGUAUUAAUACACAUUUAGGGAUUGAACAAUCUAGACGUGAUGAUUUAGAAUCACUAGGAUAUGUUUUAAUGUAUUUUAAUCGUGGCUCAUUACCAUGGCAAGGUUUAAAAGCAGCAACUAAACGACAAAAAUAUGAACGAAUUUCUGAGAAGAAAAUGUCAACACCUAUUGAAGAAUUAUGUAAAGGAUAUCCAAAUGAGUUCCCAACAUUUUUUAAUUAUUGUAGGCAAUUAAGGUUCGAAGAACGACCAGAAUAUGCUUAUUUACGGCAACUGUUUAGAACAUUAUUUCAUAGAAAAGGCUUUACAUAUGAUUACGUAUUUGAUUGGAACCUAUUAAAGUUCGGUGCAUCGCGUGGAUCACAUAAUGAAGAGAGUCGUGAUGCAAAUCGUGAAAGUGGUCGAGGUGAUAGACGUGGUGUUUCAAAUGCAGUGCCUGCUAUACAACAGGGUACAACAACUGCACCUGGCGGUGGUGAAGCAGUAAAUCGUUCAUCAAGGCGUCAACAACAAAGCGGUAUUGAGCGUAUGGAUAUUACGUCAUCGGCUGGUGUUAACGCUGAAGGGGAAGUAGCUGGAUCGCCACGUUUAUAUGAAAAUCAUGAGCGACGUGUAUCGUUACGUUUACGUGGUACAUCAAAUCAACCAGCAGCCCCACCAUCCACUUCGGAUUUAAGUAAUAGCCGUCAACCCAAGAAGCGCCUCCGUAGUGGCAAUGGCCCCACCGAGCGGGGCUCAGGGAGGCCCGGGGCCUCAUUCCACCCGUAGAGGUAGUGCUUCAAAAGAGCAAUCAUCAGCGGUUCACCAACUUCGACCAAAGAAGUAAUUUAUUAUGUGUACUGAAAAUAAAUUAUAUAUAUACAAAUAUAUAUAAAUUUUUGGAUGGAUUGUGGAAAAACUUCUUCAAUCAUCAUCAUCAGACGAAUACCACAUCAACGGAGAGAUUUAAUUUAAUUAUGAAAAUAAAAACGUUUUUACACGAACUGAACUCUACUUAGAAUUUAAAUAAAUAAAACUAACCAAUUUGAAAAAAAAAAUUUUGUAUUUGAAAGUAUUUUUCAUGUGUAUCUGUGCUCGAAAUGUGUGCAAGACCUUAUUCUUUAUCAAUUUUUUUUGUGUAUAUAUUAGAAAAAAUCAAAACAUGUUAUACAUAAGGCAUUAUUAUUAUAAUUUGCUGCGUUUUUCUAUCUCUCUUUUAUUUCGUUUUUUUUUUUUUUUUCAUAUAGGCGAAAUGUUUGAAUCGCGCUGUCAGCGUGACCAUAUACAAAUUAAAAAUGGUCAUUAUAUUUAUUUAAUAUACCAUAUCUAUGGUUAUAUAACGUGACGGUUAGGGUGGCGAGCAAUCGGGCAUAUAUGGAAAUGUUAGAAUUUUAAGAUUCUUUAGGAAUUGAAUUAGUCAGAGAUUAGAGUUUCGAUCAAGGAAUAAAAAACAAAAAAUAUGGUAAAUUAAAUUUUUACUCUGAUUUUACAUAAAUAAUAAGACAUCGAGAAGCGCCGAUGAAAGGGUUAAAGAAAAAUGAAGUCUAUACCAAUGAAAAAAUA